GAGUCGACCUUGUCUGCCAUGUUGUCCUCAGCGUUCCGCACGUCUGCUACUUCUGUUGUCCUGGGUCGUGGACGCAGGGCCGCCUCUUCUAUUGCCCUCAAGUACUCCAACGCCAUUUAUUCUGCGGCUCUUAAACAAUCACCCCAGGUUCUCACCAAAGUUCAGUCGGAACUCAACGCUGUCUCCAAAUCUGUCAACGAAGUCCCCGAGUUGAAGGCUUUCGUUGCAAACCCCACACUCUCAGCAAAGGAGCGUGCACUUGGCCUGGACGCCAUCCUUGCUCGGGCAGAGGGUGCCGGUCCUAAGAAGGAGCCCAUCUCCGAUCUCACAAAGAACCUUCUCUUCAUCCUCGCUGAGAAUGGCAGGCUUGCCCAAGUUCCAGGGGUCAUCGAGGGUUUCAACGAACUCGUAGCCAAGUACAGGGGAGAACUUGAAGUCCUCGUCACUUCGGCAGCUCCAUUACCAAAAGACCUUUCCACCAAGCUCGAGACCAUUCUCAGGCAAUCGCAGGCCGCGCAGCAGGCAAAGUCUGUCAAGGUCACGAAUAAGGUCAACCCCUCUCUGUUAGGCGGCUUUGUCGUCGACUUUGGUGACAAGAGCAUAGACCUCAGUGUGUUUUCACGUGUCAACAAACUCAACAACAUCCUGCAGCAAUCUAUAUAAGUUGAGUGGGCAUGUAGGACGGCUGGUCUAUUUUCGCCUCAGUGUACUGGCAUGUCACAUAGAGGACACUUAAUUAGAAUCGCCCUUGGAGCAAGAGUGUUUCGUUUGAAAAGUUAGGGUCACAC